UGAGGUCUGGGCAGAGCAGCAGACGGUUGUACAGGACCAGCCUGCCAGCAGUCACCAUGAAGAGCCUGAUCAUCGUCCUUGCUCUGGCCAUCGCCUCUGAGGCCUUCAAGGUGCCCCUGAUGAGGGGGAAGUCCAUGAGGGUGGCCAUGAGGGAGAAGGGGGUAGAGCUGCCCUAUGUCGACCCCGGCCUCAAGUUCGCCUCUCCUGAGGUGCAGGCAGCCUCCGGAGCCACUGUGGAGGACCUCAUCUUCCAGGGCUUCUACUACGGUGCGAUCAGCGUGGGGACACCUCCCCAGUCUGUCCCUGUGCUCUUUGACACCGGUUCCUCCAACCUCUGGAUUGACUCGGUCUACUGCAACUCUCAAGCCUGCAAUGCCCACCAGAAGUUUAACCCCCAGUCAUCCUCCAGCUUCCGUUGGACCAAUCCCAGACAGACGUUCAAGCUCCAGUAUGGCGCCGGUGGAAUGACCGCAAAUCUGGGCUACGACACAGUCUCAGUGGGGGACAUCAGCGUUAGCGACCAGAUGAUCGGUCUGAGUGCCACCCUGGGCACACAGCCCGCCCCCUUCGCGGGCAUCGUGGGUCUGGGCUACCCCCGCAACUCGGCCAAAGGACAGCCCACCUUCAUGGACACCAUGAUGCAGGAGAACCUGCUCUCCUACGACUGUGUGGCCUUUUACCUGUCCAGCAGCGGGGCUGGUAGUGAGAUUGCCUUUGGAGAGGUGGACUACAGUAAGGUGCGCAGCCCCAUCUCCUGGACCCCCGUCACCGUGGAGAACUGGUGGCAGAUCAACACUCAAGGUUUGCAGAUUAACGGCCAGGAGACCGGCUGGUGCCAGUACGGCUGCCCCACCAUGGUGGACACGGGCACCCCCACCAUCACCAUGCCCGCCCAGCCCUUCUACACCCUCAUGCAGGCCAUCAGGGCACAGCAGGACAACGGACAGUUCUAUGUGCCCUGUUAUGCAGUCAGCAGUCUCCCCACCAUCGCCUUCAUCAUCGGAGGGACCCCCUUCCCUGUUCCUCCUUCUGCAUACGUUGAUACUUCCCACCCCAGUAAUGGCAACUGCUACCUGGGCAUCACCAGGACGUACUUGAACGACCUGAGCGGCCAGCCCAUGUGGAUUCUGGGAGAUGUAUUCCUGAGCCUCUACUACUCUGUGUACGACCGCACCUACAACCGCGUUGGCUUUGCCUACAACGUGUAGCCGCACAAUGCACACCAUUCGGUCAUUGGACUACCUUACUAUUCCCUGAAAAAAAGGUUACAGCCAUAAUCUACGCAACCAUGUCAUGGUCUGCUCUGAUGUGUGUAAACCUUAUGUUGUAUGUUGAUUUGGACAAGUGUCUGGUGAAUAAACUGAACUGAAAUUAA